AUGGCUGACGAAGCCACUCUUGCCGUUUAUUCGGCGCAACUCGCCGCCCUUGAAGGGGCAAUAAAAAGUCUAAACAAUUAUGCAAAAGGUAUUACUGCCGAUGCGCUGCCAUCGGUAAUAUACUUACAAUCGAAACAUGACCUGUUGGAAUCCUUGUUCCAACAGGCUUCUAGCGUAAUGCUUAAGCUGGAAGGCAACGGCACGGGCAGCCACCGACGGGGCCCGUUGAUGACCAUGUAUUGCGACACCAAAACGGAUCUGCUUGGGUGGAUCCGCAAACAAGAAAAAGCAGAAAGACGAGAUGCCUCCCCGGGAGGUACGGCCAAUCUGCUCGACCAGACGAUGGCAACAGUAAAUGCUCGCACGGAUCAUUUAUCUCGAUUGGAGCUGCCCAAAUUCCACGGAGCAGCUACAGAGUGGAUAUCCUUUAAGGCUCGGUUUGAUAAACGAGUCUCCACUCUCACAGAGGAUGCAAACAAAUACGCAUUUCUCGCAAAAUGUCUCGAGUACGAGCCUGCCAGAAACACUUGUGAGGCACUCGAGAACUCUGGCCUACCCUUCCACGAGGCAUGGGCUAAGCUGGAGGAAAGAUUUUACAAAAAGAGAGUAGCAUUCGAAGGCUACUUCUUCAACCUACUAAAAUUAAAAAAGAUGACUAAACCAUCGCAACGAGCGAUUCUAACACUGAUCGAUGCCGUCGACACAUUGCUAUCUGCCACAAAGCAGAUAGCCAAUGAACAGGUCGGCAAUCUAGGCUGCAUUGCCAGCGGUUUACUUGUCUGCAUCGUUAAAGAGCGAUUGGAUGAAUCCACCUUACUGAAGAUUGAAGAGAAAAUGGACUUGCAGAAGAUUUAUUCGUGGGCUGAUUUUAAAUCAGAAUUGGAAAAACUCGCAAAUCAACUUACGUGCAAGGCAGCUGCCGAAGCUGCCCAUGUUAAUCAUCGGCCUCAGUUUAGAAGCGCUGCUGUAGUCAGCGUCAAGGCCCCUGCAAACAAUGAGAAAGGAGUCACCCUGCGAUGUUUCUUCUGCUCCAAUGACGGACACACGGUAUUUAUGUGUCCAAAAUUCACGAAGAUAGACAUCUCGGAAAGAUGGGAAUCCGUAAAAUACGGGAGGCACUGUUUCAAUUGCCUCCUACAAGGACACUCUACUAAAACAUGCAAAUCAAACAAAAAAUGUCAAACCUGUAACGACAAGCAUCACACUUUGCUGCACAGGGACACCGUAUACAAAGGGGAAUCCGAAUCUCAACGAGAAGAAUAUGUCUUCCUAGGCACGGCGAUCGUAAACGUUUCAGGAGAGAAUGAGUGGCAUUCUCUUCGAUGCUUAUUAGAUUCAGGCAGCCAGAUAGAAACGAUCACAGAAAAGGCUGCUCGUACGCUAGGAAUCCCCACGCACCCCACCAAUAUUACCAUAAAUGGAAUUGGUGGACAAUUAACUGUGAGAAGAGGCAUUAGCACAAUAAUGACCUCCAAAUACAAUAAUUUCGAAGAGGCACUGGAAUUGAUGAUAGUGCCCAAGAUCUUGGAAAACCAACCCUGCACAACAUUAGAUGAAAAUGAGCUGACCAUCCCGAACGAACUAGAACUCGCAGAUCCGACGUUCUACAAAUCCGGCGAAAUAGACAUUCUCCUAGGAGCGAGAGUGUUCUUCAAAAUAUUAGGGCCCGGUCGACUCAACACUAUGAAUGGCCCCAACUUUCAGGAAACGAUCCUAGGUUGGGUAGCAUGUGGAGUACUUCAACAAGGGAGUUCCACAACAAUUGACACAGCAAUAGUUUAUGUUGCCAAAAAUGAAUCAAAUUUCCCCCAAGAUGAAUUAGCCAAACUUAUCGAGAAGUUUUGGCGUCUCGAAGAAUGUAGUCCCCACGAGUGGGAACCAAAACAAACAAAUGAAAGUGAAGCCGAAUUACACUUUAAACAAACGUUGCAAAUAGCUGCUGAUGGCAGAUAUAUCACGCGCAUACCAUUAUGCGGAGAUCCAUCAUCAUUGGGGGACUCGUAUCAACAAGCUCACAGAAGAUUUCUCUCACUGGAGCGAAGACUUCAAAACAACCAAGAUCUCUACGAAGAAUAUCGCACAUUUAUGAACGAAUAUGAACAUAUGGGACACAUGGCACCCAUCACAGCUGACGAUUUUCAUAAAGUUAAAUACUUUAUACCUCACUCAUGUGUAGUAAAGCCUGAAUCAACCUCUACCAAAUUAAGGGUAGUGUUUGAUGCCAGCGCGAAAACAUCGAACGGAAUAUCCCUCAACGAUAUUCAAAUGGUGGGACCCACCAUCCAAAAGGAACUCUUCGAUCUACUGAUUGAGUUCAGAACUCACAACAAGGUAUUAGUGGCAGACGUCGCCAAAAUGUACAGACAAACACUUGUCGCAUACGAAGACACUUGGCUACAAUGCAUAUUGUGGCGCAACAACCCCAACGAGCCUAUGAGAGCGUACAGAUUGACGACUGUCACAUACGGUGAAGCGUCUUCCUCGUUUUUAGCCUGUCGAGCUCUACAUGAAGCUGCAGAAGACUAUCGUGAAGUAAACGCAAAAGUAGCAGAUGCAAUUCAAAACUCAUUCUACGUUGAUAAUCUCAUGAUCGGAGCCUCCUCCACCUCCGAACUUAUUGAAUUAAAGGAAGGCAUCGAACAUGCCCUAUCACUCCACGGAUUUCCACUACGAAAGUGGGCUUCAAAUGAUAACAGUGUACUGGAGGGCAUUCCGGAGAAAGAUCUGGAACCCCUGAUUCAAGUAGGAGACCAGGAAGUUAUUAAAACUCUAGGAGUGGGCUGGAACCCCAUGAAUGAUGUGUUCCAGUUCAUCAAUGUAAAGAAUUCGAACGAAGUAAUCAGAUCACUAACGAAAAGACAAAUGGUCUCGAAGAUACUGAGGUUGUACGACCCCAUUGGUCUAAUCCAACCAGUAAUCAUCACGGCCAAGAUCCUAAUGCAGGAUUUAUGGACUCACAACAUUAGCUGGGACGACGAAGUUCCAGACCGUUCUCUUCAGCAGUGA